AUGGCGUUCGACUCCUUCGACAGCCCAUCGCGCCGGGAGUUCAGCUCCCACUGCCAGCGGAUGCUGAGCCUAUCGGAGGACUACAAGGAAGUGGGCGAUUCGGACUGCGGAGCAAGCGAUAGCAGCUACCUGAACAGCCACUGCUACAGGAGCCGCCGCAUCUCUGCGAGCUACGCAAGCGACAGCGCGAGUGUGAAGUUGCCGGACACCAGUGAUGCAUCCACGCCGCGUUCAUUAUCGGGCUCCGUAUACGGCCGUGACGCGGCCAAGGCGUUCAAGACAAAGAGCGUGCGUGAUCUGGAGUGCGAGGAGUCUCUACGCCGGUUGCACAGCCUCGUCGCCGGAGAUAGCGUAUACUUUUGCCGCGCCGUGCUGGGGACGUCCGAGGACAGCGACGAUUCGGAUAUUGGCGAAUUCGUGGAGGGCAAGGUCACUUGCUUUUCGUACGACUUCAUGAGGCGCUACGUCAUCGUGUCGCUGGAUGGCUACGGCAGCCUUAAGUUCACUUACGGCGACCUCCACGCGAUGGCACUCGACGGAAACGUCCACCUGCAACGUUUGCAGCAGUCGGUCGUCCUGUCCAAGGCGCAGCGGCAGAAGCGCCCGAGGUACUUCGAGGAUGAGUACAUGACACGCCGUUCGUUCAGCAACCAGAACACCGCGGAUGAUUCGGAAGACGCAGCGCACGACAGUGCAUACGGCUCGUCGCACCACGCGUACUCCGAAUCCAGUGCCGCAGGGGGGGCUGAUUUUUACGGGAUACGCACCCGGCCCGUGCCCCCUGGAGCCGAGAGCAUCUGCCGCUGCCGGUUCGUCAACAAGGUGGACCUGGUGCAGAAGCUGCGCAGCGCAAUCAACAAGAACAAGCAGGAAUUUUACGAGCGAACAGAAACAAUGCAGGAGCUGCGGCUGAUAACGACGCAGAACGUGCGCGCGUAUGAGCUCGAAAUGGUCGCAUACCUCCUCGGAGAGGACCCCUGGGCCUACGCCGCCAAUCACUACGACCGGCCCACAGACGAACAGAUCAAAGAAAUUGUGGAGCAGUACGGUGCAGCAGCCCGUAAUGCAAAAUACUUGGCGCAUUUUGCCAACUGGCAGAAAUUCCAGAAGCAGGUGAAGAACUAG